CCGCCCCCUCCCCGCGCGGGGCUGGGGUCCGCCUCCCUCCCCAGCCCGGGACCCAGCGUCGCGAGCUCCCCCCGGGGUGCCAUGGCCUCGCGGCUCCUGCACCGGCUGCGGCACGCCCUGACCGGCGACGGCCCCGGGGAGGCAGCGGCCGGCCCCGAGGCCGAGCAGUUCCCGGAGAGCUCGGAACUGGAGGACGACGACGCCGAGGGCCUGUCGUCCCGCCUCAGCGGCACCCUGAGCUUCACCAGUGCCGAGGACGACGAGGACCAGGACGACGAGGACGAUGAGGAGGCUGACCACGACCCGCCGCCCGAUGGGGACCGGGCGGCGGGAGAAGACGCAGGCCCAUCCUGUGCUCAUGCAGAACGGAGUCCCCCACCUGAUGGGCAGCGGGGCAGUCAGCUCCUGACACGGCAGUUGCAAGAUUUCUGGAAGAAGUCCCGGAACACCCUCGUACCCCAGCGGCUGCUCUUUGAGGUGACCAGCGCCAACGUGGUCAAGGACCCGCCCUCCAAGUACGUGCUCUACACCCUCGCCGUGAUGGGCCCGGGGCCACCGGGUCGCCAGCCAGCCCAGAUCUCCCGCCGAUACUCGGACUUUGAGCGGUUGCACCGAAACCUGCAGCGGCAGUUCCGGGGCCCCAUGGCUGCCAUCUCCUUCCCCCGCAAGCGCCUGCGCCGGAACUUUACCGCAGAGACCAUCGCCCGCCGCAGCCGGGCCUUUGAGCAGUUUUUGGGCCACCUCCAGGCAGUCCCUGAGCUGCGCCAGGCCCCGGACCUGCAAGACUUCUUUGUGCUGCCGGAGCUGCGGCGGGCGCAGAGCCUCACCUGCACUGGCCUCUACCGCGAGGCCCUGGCGCUCUGGGCCAACGCCUGGCAGCUGCAGGCCCAGCUGGGUGUCCCCUCAGGCCCAGACCGCCCUCUGCUGGCCCUGGCGGGGCUGGCUGUGUGCCACCAGGAGCUGGAGGACCCUGGGGAGGCCCGGGCAUGCUGUGAGAAGGCCCUACAGCUGCUGGGGGACAAGAGCCCUCACCCUUUUCUGGCACCCUUUCUGGAGGCCCACGUGCGGCUCUCCUGGCACCUGGGCCUGGACAAACACCAGUCAGAGGCCCGGCUCCAGGCCCUGCAAGAGGCAGGCCUGACGCCCACGCCACCCCCCAGUCUCAAAGAACUACUCAUCAAGGAGGUGCUGGACUAACCACACCUAGACUUAAGGCCACUGUGGGGAGAGGCACUGCCCCAGGAUGGGAAGUGGGGUAGGGGCGGAUGAGGACACGGACAGCAGUUGGGAGGUGACCAGGGGUGCUGGGAACCCCUACAAGUUCCACAAAGGAUUUGUAGCAGACUGAAGAAAUGUGCUUCUUCUGUUGAGCUGGGCUCAGGACAAGCUUUGGCUAGGAUGGUGCAGGGAGAAAGUCUGGUGCAGCCUCUCAAGCUUAUGAAUUCUGGGGGCUGUGCCCCAGGUCAGGGUCAACGGUCCCUUUUCCUUGGGCCUCCGAGCCAGCCUGGCUAAGGGCCAGGAACUCUGGCCCAGGAGUCCUGGGGUUGAUGGCUGGAGGGAGGGCUGCAGUUCCGGCCAAGGGGGAUUAAAAGCCAGCAGCUCCA